ACCAGAGACCUCAGUGAACUCGCGUAUACGCGUAAUUGCACAGACUUUUGUGUGUAUCACCAUGCGAAAAACGAUUAGAGAUGUGAUGUCGUGUAAACAUCCUAUAUUGUAUUUUACGGUGAUGGCAACGAUUAGCUCUGUGUUAACCCCUUGCUAUGGCCAGAUUCCAGACGCAAGCAUUUCAAUGCCAAAAGCCAAAAUUCAUCCGACGAUUGUCCGAUCCGGGAGGCUUGUAGUUGGGAAUAAGUUGGUCCAACUGAGAAGGGUGGGUUUCGAAGUAACCAAUGAUGAAUCCGCCGCUUCUGACCGCAUCAAGACUCAAAACGGAUCUCUUGCAUUUGAGGCUGGUAAUCGGGCUGGACAGCCUACAUCACAAGAAUGGCACAAGUUGGAUGCUAAACUCCAGCACAUGGGGCCAUCAGUACAGUGUAGCAAUGAAACAAUGACUCUUCGGGUCAAAGGGGGAAGAGCUCCACAUUUUCUGGUCGACGGCGGUGAUGGGUCUCCUGUUCUUCCCCUGUCCCGAAUGCCAACUCACUGUGGCUUCUCUGUGAAGCGGUCACGCAGGGAUGUGUUCUUUGUCGCACCAUACCAAGGCUGCCAUGUCACUCAAGAGGGGGGUAACUAUGUUCUGCCACUCCGUCUGUGGGGGGCACCCAUGACCAUGUCUUGUCCUGUUGCACCACCCCCUCCUCCCUCUGUCUCCUGCUAUUUAUCUGGCAUGGUGGUGAAGCUUUCCAUGGCAGCGAAUGCUCUUCAAGUCAAAGUGUCUGGUGUGUGGAAGCCACUUCUCGCAAUCACCCAGCAAUGUGGCUUAACUAUUGAGCCAUUCUUUGGAGGAGUGGUGAUCACUGCACCAUACACAGGACCCUGUGUGGCGUUGGAGGCCUCCCUCAAACUGAACCUGUACGCCUCCCUCAAACUGAACCUGUUACGUCUGGAUACCCUCUGUUCUACCAGUGGUCCCAGUACCAUUUCUCUCCGUAUCCCCCCCAACCACCCUCGUCCCCAACAGCAGCCACUACCAUGUCUAAACAAACACGUUCCCCUAAACCUAGCCAGGCCAUGCUAG